AUGAGCACUCCCGGAGACGACCAACAUCUAGUGCAGCGGAGUAGCUGCAACAGAGACCAGUUGGGGAACGACAAGGGGUCCAAGGUCAAGUCUUCUGACGUCUACGGCGAGGAUUAUGAGAAUGCCGCCAUUAAAUACCGCACCAUGGUCUGGUGGAAGGUGGCGGCACUCAUGCUCGCGGCGACGGUAUCCUUGGGGCUUCUUUCCAUCCCCUCCGUGUUCGCAACCGUGGGCAUGGUCGCAGGAUGCUUCCUCGUCGUCGGCUUGGGAGCGAUCGCAACUGCGACGGGAUAUAUCUUUGGCUCCUUCAAGCUGCGAUAUCCCCAUGUCCACAACAUGGCCGAUGCAGGCGAGAUCCUCGCCGGCCCCGUAGGGCGCGAAGUGCUGGGAGCGGCGCAGGUCCUCUUCCUCGUUUUCUACUGCGGGAGCCAUGUCCUCACAGGACUCAUCGCUUUCGACACAAUCACCGACGGCGCGUCCUGUUCCAUCCUUUGGGCGGCCGUGACGGCGAUCAUCUGUCUUCUGUUGACCAUUCCCCGGACACUGAAUGGCAUAUCCUAUCUGAGUGUGGUGUCGUUCAUCUCGAUCCUGGGUUCGGUUCUUAUCACCAUGAUUGGGGUCGGAAUGUUUGCGUAUGGUGGCCAGAUUGCGUUCUUCACCUUCAUAGCAGAAAUGAGGAAGCCCGAAGACUUCCCCAAGGCGCUAUACAUGCUGCAAAUCGCGGACACGACUAUCUACUUGAUCGUCGGAGUUGCCAUCUACUCCUUCACUGGCGAAAACACUGUUUCGCCAGCGCUGGGUAACACCGGAGUUACUCUUCGUAAGGUUGCGUAUGGCGUAGCGCUGCCUACGAUCGUGAUCGCAGGUGUAAUAGGCGGUCAUGUCUGCGCAAAGCUAGUGUUCGUCCGCAUAUUCCGCCGUAAAGGUUAUACUUCGCGGCACAUGACGUCGCACUCCUGGACCGGCUGGCUGACCUGGAUUGGCAUCUGUGCCGCGAUCUGGACGGCUGCGUUCAUCAUCGCAGAGCUUUAUCAGCUCGAUCUUUGGCAGGUGCAGAUGCCUCCUUUUGAGGAUCCCCAGCGAACUGACUUGUGGAUCACAUGUAGCUGGUUUACGUACGGCAUCUCGGAUGCGCACGUGCUGAGCCAUGCACAGAUGGCAGCGUUCAUCAUGGUUGCGGGGUUGUACGCAAGCAUCCUCGGCAUCAUCCAGGGAUACCGCAACGGACAGUUCUCCGGACCCUUCUCGUGCGCGAGCCAAGCCCUCAUUUAG